AAAGAGUACACUAAAACAAAAGAGAAAAUAAAAAAAUACAAAUUUUGAUUCCUUACAAAAUAAUGAUAGACAUUAAAAAAUCAAAGAAUAAUUUUCAAAAAUUUCCAAUACUUAAGCAAAAAUGUGAUCCCGACAUUGUAGCUACUAGUCAACAACAACAACAACAAACAGCACUACUACAACAGCAACAGCAAGCGACAACAAAGAAUCCAACAAAAUACAUUCCAUCAAAUGCAACAGCAGCGCCAGCACUAAAGCAACACCAGGCCAAAUAUCAUUCCGGAAGAGAUCUGAAUAUAACCAACAGAUAUCAGCAGCAGCAACAGCAACAGCAACAAAAGCAUUUCUCCAAAAUAAAGGCAGCAGUGGCAAUUCCAAGGCUCACACCUUCCAAUCCAGUCAGAGAGGCGAAUCAACAGUUUUUCCUAAUACCCGCCUACAAAGAUCAGAACUUUCUUAAGGAGGAGUGCGAAUUGGCCCACGCUCUAGUCUGCUCUGCUAAUACCUCAAAGGACAUUAAUAAACAUUCCAAGAAGACAACGACGACAUCACUGUUGCCCGCAGUCGUAGAUAAACGACGUACGGUUAAUAGCGGCCACACCGGCAGUACCAGCGGCAUCUUGUACAACAAUAACAACAACAACUCGAGAACGUCAGCAGCUCAAGCUGCCACAUCAAAUGGGAUGCGACGUACCGGUACGGGGACACAUUUGGGUACAACCACAGCGGUUGCAACAGCCAUCAAUAAGGUGGAAAUUAGCUACAGUGGACCACAGUUCAAGGGAUUGUCGUCGUCGUCGUCGUCGGGUUCCACCAUUGUCUCGUCAGCAUCAACGGUGGCAAAGAAAUUAAACUCAACCUAUACAACGUCCAGUAAUACAACUUAUGCAUCAACCAAAUUGAAUAUUCGUAAUCAAGUGAAGCCGUUGGUCCACAGGAGCACGAAUGCAGCAGCAGCAGCUGCUGCUGUAGCCACAGGCACCGCAACAAACCAGCAGCAGCAGCAGCAGCCUCUGCAGAAUAGACAUAAUAACAACAACAACGGUAGUAAUAAUAGUUUGAACAACAUUGCGGUGAACAGCGGCAACAACAACAUGCAAACGUCAUUGGAUCAAGACGAUAUUAAAUUCAUCGACAGCGAUGAAUCACUUCCAGCAGCGGCGGCAGCAGCAGCAGCGACACCACCACAAACAGUUUCAAUGGCAAGCGAGCGAAAAUCCCAAGCAGGCUUGUGCGACCAACGUUGUUGCCUAAAUCAACAGCAUAGUGGAAGCAGCACUAGCAUAAUAUCUAAAAGUCGCAUAAGGCCCAAGUCCACCAUAAUUUGUUCCAGCAGCAACCAUGCCUCUGUCGCCAGCUCCUCGUCUACGUCCUCGUCCUCAAAUAAUAUGAUAUUUGAAAAGGUCAACAAUUACAAGUACGCCAAUGGGUCUCUGGGAAGCGGUAUCAACUCCACGGCGGCUACUAUGAUGGAGAAGCGAUUGGAAACCUCUAUUGAUUCUAAUAGCAUCCGGGCUUCUAUUGAAAAAUUCAAUAGUUUUAGCGAGCAAAAACGCUUGCCCAUCAGUUCGGUCACCUUGCGCUCCCACAGUGGCAGCGGCAGUACAAGCAAUUUACAAAAUCACCGUCACAGUACCGAUUUGGACAAUUGCAACCUAAAACUGCCAAACACAGGGGGUGGUUCACUGACACGCACACCCUACCGCAGCUCGGGAUCGACGGCGGGCAAAGUGAUAACCAGCAUCUAUCCCAAUGCCUCGGCUGCGGUAUCAUCGACCUCGAAUCGGCAUACCGUUCUGAGCAGCAGUACGCCCAGUAGCACGGGCAGCCUACCAUUGAAGGGAAGCAAACACUAUGCUCAAGCAGAAGAUACAACGUUUAGCGGUCUCUCUAGUUCAGUGGAUGGCGACGUGAGCAAAAAGAAGUUGGCCUCAAUAUCUGGUGGUCUUGGCGAAACCACGGAUGAAACCAGUGUUCGUAGUUCAGCAUCAUUGCGAAGUGCCCUUCCGCCAGCUUCCCCAACAUCAUCACGCUAUUGGGAUAGGGAUAGCUCAAGAUCAUCACUAAUAUCUUCCUCGACGUCGCAUAAUAAUACUGAUGAGAAUAAAAGAUCAUCAAACGAUGAAGAAACCGAAGGACUAUGUGGGCUGAGAAACAUCGGAAACACAUGCUUUAUGAAUUCCGUCAUACAGUGUCUUAGCCAUACAAAUGAAUUGACAAAAUUCCUUCGAAAUUACAAUCCCACUAAAUCGUCGACGUCAAAAGAUCAACCAAUUUUAAAUGAGUUUUCCAAAUUGAUAAAGGAAAUGUGGACGAACAAUGUACAUAGUGUGACGCCUAUGGAAUUGAAAAGGUCCUUUUCCGCUAAGCAUCGCAUGUACAGCGACUAUAAUCAACAAGACGCUCAAGAAUUCCUGCGGUUCUUUUUGGAUUCACUGCAUUGUGCUCUGAAUACCGGUGUGAAAGGAGAUCUUUUAAAAAUAGAUGAUAACUUAAGUGACAAUAAAAAGGCCGAACUUACAUGGGAGUGGUACAGCCGCCUAGAGAACUCUCUCAUUCGUGAUUUAUUUGUGGGCCAACUGAAAAGUACAUUGCGAUGUACCACCUGUGGUAAUACCAGUGUUACUUUUGAUCCCUUCUGGGAUUUAAGUGUGCCAUUGCCGUCCUCAUCGCGGUGUAAAUUGGAGUCCUGUCUUGAUUUGUUUAUACGAGAGGAAGUUUUGGAUGGCGAUGAAAUGCCCACAUGUGCGAAAUGCCAAACGCGGAGAAAAUGCACGAAAUCCUUUACAAUCCAGCGAUUUCCCAAAUACCUUGUUAUACAUUUAAAGAGGUUUUCUGAAACACGUUUUAGCAAGCUGUCCAAUAUUGUUGAAUUUCCCACGGGUGAACGGGAAUUGAACAUGGGUCCCUAUGGUGCAAAUGCCAACUCAAAUAUGUACUUUUCACUCUAUGCCAUUUCAAAUCACAUGGGCUCAACUGGAGGCGGCCAUUAUGUGGCUAUAUGCAAACAUCCUGUCUCAAAGAAAUGGCAUGAAUUUAACGAUAAUCUAGUAAGUGAUUCAUUGUCUGAUCAUCAUCUUGUUUCGUCCAGUGCCUAUAUAUUGUUCUAUGAACGUGCGUAAGUCAACAUAGUAAACUCUCCAGAGAUAAAUUAGAAAAUUUUAACCAUUGAUGUCCCCCUCUGCGGACUUCAUAAUUAACGAAAUUAUUUACUAACUAACCCAGCAACUGCGAUUUUCAACUCCCAAUAGCAGUUCUAAUAGUUGUGUGUGUGUGUGUGUGUGCGUGUCCGUCUAAAAUGCAUAACAUCGGGCUUCAGUUAGAUGUUUGUAAAUCCUGACAAAGUUACAACAACCAUCAUCAUCACCACCACAACAGCAACAACAACAACAACAGCAGCAAAAACAACGACAACAAUAAUAGUAGAGAAUUGGGACAAAACAACAUACAGCUGUGCUAUGUUUCGACGUCAUCUUAAGUUUGAUAACCAAAAUUACAUCGUUUCAUUGACAUACUACAACUACUACUACUACUACCUGCAAAACUCUUGUGCAACAUUUAACGAUUUUCAAUGCCAAUGGUAGAAAGCGAAAAAGUGAGCGACCUGUGUGAUGGAUGAACAAGUAAUGAGCGACGCAAACUGGAACGGCUACAUACCCCAACAAAAAAAGCCUAUAGUGUAUGGUUUGUUAUUGUUUGAGAGGGUGGACAACAUACAACGACACAUGCAGAGUAACCAAACACAUUUAGUAAUGCGCUUUUCUAAAAUGUUUUGAAAAAAAAAAACAACCUAUUUAUUAGUCUGAUUUUUUUGUGUGUGUUUAAAUUGCAUGUGUUUGUUUGUGUGGCAAACAAACACAAUUAAGUAUCUUAAUGUUUAUUUAUUUGUAUUUGUUUUUUUUUUUUAUUAUUAUGACACAUAGUUGAGUUUGUAAUGAAACAAAGAAAAAAACAUGAAAAACAGAUGAUAGAACCUAUGUUCCAUUUUUGGACCUUGGCGAAUCAACAAUUACGGGUACACACACAUAGUAGUAUAUGUAUGUAUGUAUGCAUGCAUGUAGUCCCUCCAAACAUUUUCUAUCGUGCGAGUCACUAAAUCUGCACUCAAGGAAGUUGAAAACAAUCUCAGGCGAUAUCAUUUUUUACUCUAAUUAGUGUCUCGGUACGGGAGAAAACGUGCCACUUGGCGAUACAUACCCAUGAGUGACUAAAUAGGGACUAAAAAAAGUGUAAAAUUCGAUUAUCAACGUCAUUUAUAAAAAUAAAUUUUUAUUUGCCAAAUGUUUUUUUUACCUUUUAGAGUGAGGCUAAUUUUUAUUUCUCUUUCUAAUUUAUAUCUUUUCCAAAUCAAGAUUAAUAAUCGAAGAUUUUAUUUGCAAUGAUUUUCCCAGACUGGGAUUUGAACAGCCAACCUUACGAUUGUGAGGCGUAUGCUAUCCCUCUGUGCUACCGGCCUUUCUUAAUUACAGAAGGCUAAGUUAACAUACAUUCUCUUGUUUGAGGUUUUUUGAGUUAGCGUCCAAAACAACAACAAAAAAUCUAUUUUUAAAUUUGAAGCAAUAACAGUUGAUUAUGAGAAACUAAUUAGCGAAACAUGAAUGAUAGAAUUCCGACAGUAAUGUAUUUUGUUGUUGUAAAUCUUGAAAUCUCUACAAACUAUCAUAUAAAAGGACCUAAAAAGUGACUAUUCUGGGAGGGAGUGAGAAAGUCACUUCCAAAUGUUUGGAGGGGUAGCUCUGCAUACAUGGUUUCGCUGCAUUCGAUCCAUAGAAAAAGGAUUUUGUUAUUUUAUUUAAGAAUAACAUAUACAAAUCUGUAUUCGGGAUUGCUUUUAUUGUCCGUCCUUAAAAAAAUUCGGAAAAAAUUGUUAUAUUUUCUUAUGCUUUAAUCUAUUGUAAUAGAUUAUAAUGUAUAUUUAUUUUUAUACAAAUUUUAUUGCUGUAAUGAACGGACAAUUUCAAAAAUAUGUAUGAACAAAACGAGACAAUAUCGGUAUGUCGUUGAGACUGUCUGACAAAUGUACGCUCUUUCAGGCAGAGUUCUGUGUCACAACGAUAGCCGCAAAAGAUAUUCUAGGAAGGGAUUUAACGUCUCGGGAUUUAUGUGGACAGUAUGGCGGCCCUCAAGGCAUAGUCUCCGGGCUCACGAAAUAGCGCUAAUUUCGAUUCCCGUAUACGAUAAUCUUGUAUUUUCUUCUUAUAUCAACAAUGAACUGCUAAAAAUUACUCAUAGAAUUGAACUUUCAGUUUUCUAAAUACACAUUUUUGGUUUGAAAUUGUUCAAACUUCAUAUAUUUUACCAGGUGACACGAAAACGGAACGUAAAAUUUUGGCAGACGUUCGGUAAUAGUUUGCAUGUGUUUUCAUAAGGCAAAACAAAACAGCUGACACGUUGUUUAACAUUUAUUGUACAUUUACGAGAGCAUAACCAGGCCUUUAUCAUACACAAUCUAAAAUUCAAAUUCAAAAAGUCAUUUGAAAAAUUUCAAUCACAAAGGUAUUGUGGUGAAAUUUUUUUUUUAUCUAAAAAAGGGCGUAGCGUAGUAAGGGAGAAUGCAAGAUCAGAAGAUUUGGCUGUGAAAGCCAGAGGACUGCCGUCAAUAAACUUGGUUAAUCCGAAGCCAUUCGUAGCACUGUGUAAUACCGAGACGGCCGAUAAGACGACGAAAAUCCUAUGAGGAGAUCCGGACCGUGAGAAGACGAGGCUAUUACUGAAAGGAAGGACGACACAUUGGACUACGAGCCCGGCUUUCGUGGCUAACAUUUACCUUCACCUAUGUGGGGACACAAUACCAGACAUGAAACAACUUAAAGACGUGGUGUGGAAAACAAUUAGGGAUUUUGUAAGUUGCUUAAAGCAUGUGUAAUCCAAGAAUGGCCAAAAUAAUCAUAUUCCACACUUCAAACGUUAAAUUUGCCGCUGGUUAUUUGUCUUUAUUAGGACUAUUUGCCUUAUUAUCACACAACAUAUUUUGUAUUCGACAAUUAUUAACUAAUUUUGAAUUUACAUAGAAAUGUCCGUUGUUUGACGUUUCAACAUUUGCUUUGGCAAGUUAGUGGAACAGAGUUGUAUCCCAAUUUUGUUGUUGUUGGGCAUCUGACCAUAUCUUGUAUAUGAUUCUACCAUGUUAGCAGACAUACCUACAUACAUACAUACAUGCAUGCAUUCGUACAUAUUAACAAAUCUUCAAUAAUUAUAGUCAUAGCAAAAACAACAACACAUACAAUGAUUGAUGUUUGAAACGUAUGUGACUGAUAGGACCUAUAAUAAUAAAAAUGUAUUUAUUGGCAUGUCAAUGCUAAUGCUAAAAUAGUUAUUAACAAAAAUCACAACCACAAGUCCAUGUAAAGAAGAAAGACCAAAUGACAAAUGUAAUAGGCUGGCAACAUUGCCCCUUCUGCCUCUGUCUACGAGGCAGAAUGGAGUGUGUGUGUAUAGUAGAAGAGAAGAGAAAACAAACGAAAGACAAACAACAUACUGUUUAUAAAUACCUACAAAUUAGUUAAAAAGAAGAUAAAACUAAACCAGUAGAAGAAGAAGAUGAAGAAGAAGACGUAAAUAAAAGAAAAUUGCAUAUAUUUUUUGAGAGUAAUUUUAUACGUUUAACUUUCAUGCAAAAAGUUUCUCAAGCAACAACCAUAUAAUGUAGUGUUAUUCAAUCAAUCGAUCCUCUGCCUCUCUCUCUCUCUCUCUCAAUCUCUAUUUGGCAGUGUAUCGUGAUUAUCUCUCGUUUAGAAUGUUGACAGUGAAUGAACGAUGGUAUUGAGAAAACGAAAGGAAUUGUUUGCGUUUUUGUAUGUUUUAAUUGUUGCAUAUUUAUAUUUAUUAUUAUUUUUUAAACAUGAUUUGUAUUGUAUCUGUAGGCCUUUCCUUAACCCAAAAUCGUCGUAUCUUGUCAGUUGAUAUUCAUGGCAAGUCAACAACAUCCCCCCUCAAACCCCCAAUUUCCCCUAACUACACUUGGAACUAUUAUCUACACACAUUUUCUGAUCGUUAUUAUUUUUAUCGAUUAUUUUUCAUGUAGAUUACAAAAGAAAGAAAAUUUAUUAUAAAUGUAAUUAAAAACAAAACCAAUAUAGAAUGAAAACGAAGCAAAAACAGAAAAACCACAGAAACCACAACAAAGAAUCACACUUUUAUAUUUAAUAUAUACAUACAUAUUUAUAUAUAUACAUAUAUAUAAAAUAAAUGUACUACUACCUAUUACUACUACUACUACUACUAAACAACUAUAAAGAAAUAGAGAAACAAACAAAAAAAAACAGAUAUGUCGUACAACCAACCGCUCUCCCACAUGACAGAUGCCGCAUUGCCACUCACUUCUCCCUUUAUUUCAAAUACAAACACACACACACAACAACAAGAGAUGCUUUAUUUUACUUAAUUUAUAUGAUUUUAUUUAUUAUUUAUUUUGUAAUUAAUUUAUUUAUAAAUUAUUGUUUCACAUUUAAAAUGUUUAGAAUUUUCCUUCGGCUUAUUGUGUGUUUUUUUAAUUAUUUUGUAUUUAUUUUUAAAACACAUGAGCGUAUUUGUUACGUACCUACCUACCUACCUACCCAUGUACCCAAACAAAUGUACAGUGAGCAUGAGCGAAUAGCAAGUAUGUAUCGCUGGUAAUCGAAUAAAAUAAAUUCAAAAAAUAAAAUGUUAAGUUCAAUGAACUAAGCCUAACAAA